AUGGCGGUUGACUUUGGGGACCACGCCAGCGGGUUCCGCCACACGGAGGUGAUCAGGUUCAUCAACAACGAAGUCCUCAUGAACGGCGGCGGCCCAGAUUUCUACGUGGCCUUCCGCUCACGGCCCUGGAAUGAGGUGGAGGACCAGCUUCAGACCGUCGUGGUCGACCCUCAGGUGCCGCGCACCAUUAAGAGAGCCUGUGCCUGGAGCGCGCUGGCCUUGAGCGUGCGUGUGGCUGCGAGGCAGCGAGAGCAGCAGGCGCACCGCCUCCGGCGGCUGCAGGAGCAGGUGGAGGAGCGCGAGACGGCUGCCUGGGCCCUGGCCUCCGAGCUGCAGCGGCUGCGUGGGGAUCGAGAGGAAGUGGCCACGCAGUUGCGCUUCACGCAGGUCGCCCUGCAGCAGGCGCUGAUCGAGUGUGAUGUGCUUCGCGGGCGGCUGCUCCACGUGGAUAGGUCGGCCCAUAUCAUCCCGCUGGCCCAUGAAAUACUGCCUAGGCCUCGAGCCGAGCAGCAUGGGACUAUAGCCUGGCCCCUGAAUGCUGAGCAGCAGAGAGAUGUGGUUGCUAUGGGGUUUCCUGGUAGGUUGUAUCUCGAGGCCCAGGUGCCAGCCCCGGCAGCUGUUCUUUACAUGCCAGGUCCCCCAAGUCCCUGGGCUCAGGCCAUACAACCCCCUCUGCCAGCGCCGGUGCCAUACUCACUUCCAUUCCAAGCACCACUCCCAGUAGGAAUCCCUUUCUUGCCAGCUCUGCCACCAGCAGUAGUCAUGGAUGCAGAAGCUGCAGUAGUCCCACUUCAGAUGGUUCCUCUGGGGAGCUGCCCACCUGGUCCAUGUGCUGCAGUGGGCUUCCGGGAGGAGGGGGCCCCACCGUGGGACCAAAGGAGUUACAGCCAGGAGGGAGGUCCUGAGAUCCUCCAGAAUACAGUCCCCCUGGGGAAUAUCAGAAACCUUAGCCAGGAAGGUCUAGGGAAGCCUCAGGGAAUGGUCCCCCUAGGGGAUAGCUGGAGCCACAGCCAAGAAGAAGGGACACCCCAGGGGAUGGUCUCCCUUGGGGACAGCUGGAGCCAGAUCCAGAAAGAAGGUCCAGAGAAGGUCCAGGGGAUGGUCCCCCUUGGGGAGAGCUGGAGCCUCAGCCAGAAAGAAGGUCCAGAGAAAGCCCAGGGGAUGGUCCUCUCUGAGGAUAGCUGGGGCCAGAGUCAGAAAGAAGGUUUAGAGAGGCCCCAGGGGAUGAUCCCCCCUAGGGAGAGCUGGAGCCUCAGCCAGGAAGAUUCAGAGAGAUUCCAGGAGGUGGUUACCCUUGGUGCCAGUCAGGAAGAAGAUCCAGAGACUCCCCAGGAGGUGGUACCCCUGAGGGCCAGGAUGGCCCCCCUUGGUGCCAGUAGGAGCAAUAGCCAGGAAGAAGAUCCAGGGGAGCCCCAGGAGGUGGUACCCCUGGGGGCCAGCGGGAGCCACAGCAAAGAAGAAGGUCCAAAAAAACCCCAAAGGAUGGCCCCCCUUGGUGCCAGUAGGAGCAACAACAAGGAAGAAGAUCCAGAGGGGGCCCAGGAGAUGGUAUCCCUGGGGGCCAGUGGGAACCACAACAGGGAAGAAGGUCCAGAGGGGGCCCAGGAGAUGGUAUCCCUGGGGGCCAGUGGGAACCACAACAAGGAAGAAGGUCCAGAAAGACCCCAAGGGAUGGCCCCUCUGGGGGAUAACAGUAGCCAAAGCCAGGAAGGGGAUCUGGAGAGACCCCAAGGGACUGGUCCCCUGGGGGGCAGCAGAAGCGACAGCCAGGAAGAAGGUCCACAGAGGCCCCAGGUGCCCCCCCUGGGGGAUGGCUGGAGCCAAAUUAUGAGGGAAAACCCAAAGAUACAGCAGCCUCUGGGGCAGAAGGCCAAGCAACCAAAAGGGAAAAAAGCUUUGGAUUCCAAGCACCAGGAGAAAUUUGUCUCAAGAUGCAGUCCCAAGGAUUGGGACUGCCCAUGGUGUAAAGCCAUGAAUUUUUCAUGGCGCAAGUCCUGCUAUAAAUGCAAGAAAGUCUGUGUGGCAGGCUCUCUGCUCCCCCGAGACAGGUGGAGCCCAGGGGCUGGGAAGUUAGAUGGUCUCCAGUCUGAACAAAAGGUGCUCUCAAGUUCCCCCAUGAAAUCCCAGCUCACCAAGCUCAGCCUCUGUCAGAGGUUUCCUGAUUCUAGUAAUAAAGAGUGUGCACUUGCCUGCUGUGUCUUCUGUGUGGUGUGCAUCUCGGGGCAGGUUUGCUCCAGGGCGGCAGUUUAA